UCCCAGCUCCUGCUUCUCUGCGUCUGUGCGCGAGAGGGAUGGACAGAUCGGCGGAGAGGAGGAGGAGCAGCUGUCUCGGGGCACGGAGCGAGGGAGAGAUGGCCGCGCUCGCAGGAGGAAGAGCAGCCCGUCGGAACACGAACACAGCAACGACACCUUCAUAGAGCUGCACGCAGGCGUCUCCGCCGCUAUCCCAGAACUCCACAGGAGGACGGCGAGGCGGAGAGAGAGAGACAGAGAGAGUGCGCAGGAAGAGGAGGGGAAUCCAGUCGCACAGGGAUGCACUGACGGGACGGGGGGGGGUGGGGGUGACGACGGUUGACCGGCAGCAGUAGACGCGCUGUGGCGGAUUUUCGGGUCCCUGGCAGGACGGGCAGGAGGGGCUCAACGGGGCCCAUCUGCCUCGCAGAGAGAGAUCCCAAACCCCUGACCAUCAACAUCAGCGGCAGGGGCUCCUGACCAGCAAACUGUACCAGCGCUGAGAGGGGGUGCACGGGCUCGAGUCCAGACUGAGGCACUGGGGUUUCCUCCUUUGGGGUGAAGAGCUGAAUUGCAACCCAGCUCACCAAAUACAGAGGGCACCCCCAUGAACACAGUCCAAACAGAGCCCGGGAGAAACCGUCCAAUCAGAGCCUGGGGAAACAGUCCUAUCAGAGCCCGGGAGAAACAGUCCUAUCAGAGCCCGGGAGAAACAGUCCUAUCAGAGCCUGGGGAAAACCGUCCAAUCAAAGGCCAGGAGAAACCAGCCUAUCAGAACCUAGGAAAAACCAUCCUUCCAGAGCCCGGGAGAAACCGUCCAAACAGAGCCAGAGAGAAACCGUCCUAUCAGAGCCAGAGAGAAACCGUCCAAUCAGAGCCAGAGAGAAACCGUCCAAUCACAGCCUGGGAGAAACCAUCCAAUCACAGCCUAGGAGAAACCAUCCAAUCAGAGCCCAGGAGAAACUGACCAGUCAGAGCCCAGGAGUAACUGACCAGUCAGAGCCCAGGAGAAACCAUCCUAUAAGAGCCAGAGGAAACUGCCCAAUCACAGCCUGAGAGAAACCACCCUAUAAGAGCCAGGGGGAAACUACCCAAUUACAGCCUGGGAGAAUCUGACCAAUCAGAGGCGGGGAGAGACUGAGAGAAACCCCUUCCCGCUCAGCGCUGAGCUGUGAGUGCCUGUCCCGGGGAGACUCCUCCUCCAUCUGUUUGUUUUGGCAGAGCUGCACCCCGCCCCGCUGCUCUGAGUGGCAGGGAGAGGGCUGGGGGGGGAGGAGCGGGCGAGCGGAGAGGAGCGUGGCGCCGCUCGGGCACAGACGGGCACAGACGGGCAGAGCGAGACUGGGCCAGGGGACAAAGGAAUAAGAGACUUCACUUCCGCCGGCCACAGAGAGGAGCAGAGACAGAGGGAGAGAACGGAGGGAUGAGGAAGGGGGUGCAGCGGAGGAGAGAAAGCGAGGGAUCUGCCGGCCCGCGCCGCGUCGAUCCGGAGAAGGCGCUCAGCCGCUAAUCCCGCCGGUGUGGGUCUGGACUGGAUUAGGGAGGCGCUGCCCUCCUGAAGCAGCUGCGGAGCACACAACCUCGCAUUCCUUCAGAGGAGGAUUAACGCUAUCCCACGAUGCACCGCUCGCCAGGCAGGUUUCAGAAGGUCACUCUUACCGCAAGAAAAAACACCAGAGCAGGUUCUGUGCUUUCUGACCCAGAUUCCUGCAGCUGUAAAUGAGGAAGCCUGACUUCUCCAUGGAUGUACGGAACCCAUAGGGGGAGACACGAUUCCUGCAUUAACCCCACCCCCCCCUACAGAGGAGCCUGCUGCCAUGUGGAGCUGAUACUGUCCUACAGCCUGCCCACAAGGUCUGUGGAUUCCCAGGACUACCAUGCCCAAUUCCCCACCGCCUGAGCCUGCCCCGAGACAGACGCGCCCCUCCGGAAACUCAACAUGCCCCCCACACCCCAAAACACCCCAUCGUCCCACCCCGAGACAGACGCGCCCCUCCAAACUUCACCCCGCCCGCUCCCGCUGGGUCAGCGCGCAUGAGGCUCCGCCCCCCUCCGGGGCCCUGCUGUGGCUGGUCCUGCUGGGGGGCGUGUCCCUGCUGGCCCCGCCCGUUUCGGGGGGCGAGACGUGGGGCGUGGUGUCCAUGUGCCCGUCCCACUGCGUGUGCCGAAACCUGUCGGAGUCCCUCAGCACGCUCUGCGUGAACAAGGGCCUCCUCUUCGUCCCGCCAGACAUCGACCGGCGCACCGUGGAGCUCCGGCUCGCCGACAACUUCAUCCCGGAGCUGGGCGCCUCCGACUUCUCCAACAUGAGCGGCCUGGUGGACCUGACGCUGUCCCGCAACACGCUGCACAGGCUCCGCCCCCUGGCCUUCUCCGACCUGGAGAGCCUGCGCUCGCUGCACCUGGACGCCAACCGGCUGACGGGCGUGGGCCCGCGGGACCUGGCGGGGCUGCCCAACCUGCAGCACCUCAUCCUCAACAACAACCAGCUGAGCGCCAUCGCGCCCCACGCCUUCGCCCACUUCCUGCCCACGCUGGAGGACCUGGACCUGUCCUACAACAACCUGCGGGAGGCGCCGUGGAGCGCGCUGCGCAGCAUGGCCAGCCUGCACACGCUCAACCUGGACCACAACCUGAUCGAGCGCAUCCCCGCGGGCGCCUUCCGCGACCUGGCCCGGCUGGGCCGCCUGGACGUCACGUCCAACCGGCUGCGCACGCUGCCCCCGGGCCCCGCCCCCCAGCCGCCCGUCAGCGGGCUGAGCUUCGGCGGGAACCCGCUGCACUGCAACUGCCAGCUGCUGUGGCUGCGGCGGCUGAGCCGCGCCGACGCCAUGGAGACGUGCGCCACGCCCGCGCACCUGGCCGGCCGCUACUUCUGGGCGCUGGCGGAGGCGGAGCUGGCCUGCGAGCCGCCGCUGAUCUCCCGCCACACGCCGCUCCUCUGGGUCCUGGAGGGCCAGCGGGCCACGCUGCGCUGCCGCGCCCUGGGGGACCCGCCCCCGCUGGUGCACUGGGUCGCCCCCGGCGACCGCGUGGUGGCCAACUCCAGCCGGGUGCGGGUGCACGGCAACGGGACGCUGGACGUGCUGGUGGCCCGGCCGCGGGACGACGGCGCCUACGCCUGCAUCGCCGUCAACGCGGCCGGCGAGGCCAGCGCCGCCGUCCGGCUGCACGUCGUCCCGCUGCCGCAUCACCACGGCAACCGCAGCGCCCCCCCGCCCCGCGAGCGCGAGCCCUCCGACAUCAGCGCGGGGAGGGGCGGGGCCGGCGGGCUGGGGAACGGGACGGCGGGCGAGGAGGCGGGGCCGGGCGGAGCCGCCGGGGGCCGGGUCGGGGUGCUGGAGGUCACCGCCACCACCGCGCAGGUGCGCUGGUACCUGGGCGGGGCGUCGCUGGAUUACCUGCCCUGGAUGUACCAGAUACAGUACAACAGCACGGCCGACGAGACCCUCAUGUACAGGAUCCUGCCCCCCAGCAGCAGCAGUUUCCAGCUGAAGAACCUGGUGUCUGCGGCGGACUACAGCCUGUGCGUGCUGGCGGUGUUCGACCAGGGCGCGGCCUCCCUCUCCAGCACGCGCGUGCUGGGCUGCGCCGCCUUCAGCACCAAGGACGACUUCCCGCACUGCCGCACGCUCCACGCCCACUUCCUGGGCGGGGCCCUCAGCGUGCUGGUGGGCGGGGCCGUGGUGGUGAUGCUGCUGGUGUUCACCGUGGCGACCAUGGUCCGGCACCAUCAGCAGCAGUGGGUCUGCGGUAGUCACGGCGACCGCGGCACUAGACACGGGGGCGGAGUCGGGGAGGGGGACGUGGAGGGGGCGGGGCCUCCCCUCCCCGCCAAGGGGACGAGCGUUUACUCGCAGACUAACGGGGAGGGCGCGGUCAUGACGCUGGUCCUGCCCAAAAACAAGCACAAACCCAUGCAGACCACGCCCAAAGACCUGUCUGACCCGCCCGACAGGGGCGGGGCCGGGGGCGGGGCCGGGCGGCGGUUCCCUCCCUACUCCCCCGAGAGCGAGCGCGUGACUCUGUACUACCCCGCCCACGCCUCCGCCACCCUCCCCAGCAAGCUGCGCAGAGCAGGACCGCCGAGGGGCGGAGCCACAGCAGGCCCCGCCCUCCCCGACCCCGGCCCGCUGCGGUCCAACCGCAGCUGCUCGUUCGACAUGGGCGAGGUCGCCACGACGACCUGCUACGGCUACGGCAAGCGGCUGGGCAUGUGGACCAGGCAGAGCCCCUCGCUGCAAAGCAUGCUGGUCCCGUGCGGCUCGGCAACCAGCAUGGCCAGCGGCGACAGCGGCGCGCAUGCGCAGGAACACCAGCGCACCUACGACACCUGCGCCACAGGCCCCGCCCACAAUGCCAACAACGCCGCCAACGACGAGCUGGAGGAGAGCGUGGUGUAGGAGAGAGGGAGAGGGAGAGAGGAGGAGGAGAGA